AUGAAGGAGUUUAGUAUUAGAAGCAAUUUUCAGUUGCGAAGAGGUCAUUCGUCUCCUAUUUCUGCACCAUGCGCGAAAGAUAUUGUGAUCACGUGUACCGUUGUCGUCCCACACAACAAAAUUUUAUCGCAAGAGGAAACGAGGAGCACUAGACUGCUGACAGCGGAGCGCAAACUUAUGUUACGAGGUGACUCAACAUUAAUGAGCUUGAGGCAGAAAAUUCUUUGUAUAUGCGAUUCAGUGGCCGCUUUAGAAGACGGUCACGAGCUAGAACCGAUCGAUCAGUCAAAAACUCACAUGAUUCUGUACCCGUCGUCUUUUAUUUUUAUUCAUGACACUUUUUACGUAGAUUAUUCAAUGCCGCACUCUCAAGAUAUUUCAACGCCAAUUCGAGAAUUUAUGGCACGAAAGAAGUGUUUCGAUCCUGUGACCUCAAAAGAUAUCGCAGGUGUCAGAAUGAUCGAUCUCAAACUAAGAUUGGGCCAGCCUUAUGUAUUUCAACACUCUGGAACUUGUGAGCACUUACUGAUUUUCCAUGAUCUGCGAUUGCUUGAAAAAAGCGAUGUGCAAGUGAGUCUUAAAUUUUUAUUGAAAGGAGAUGUCCGGUGCGCCGCAUGCAAGAGCUAUGCAGCGUUCGUAGUGGAAGAGUGUGAACGACUACCAUCACCCUACAUGAUGUUCUGCGAACCAUGCUUUCGUGAAUUUUUCUUCAUGCAUGGUCACAAGAUCGGACGUUUCAAAGCUCACCCUUAUAUGCCGAUUCAUCGCUUCACAGUUCUCUGA